ACCACGUCAAGCGAAGAACUAGGGUUAGAAUGCAUGGGUGGAGGAGGAAUGAGCGAUCUGGGAAUGGCGCAGGGUCUGAUGCGCCACAUCUGCUUGCUGCCUCCUCUCAGCAUCGUGGUCGCGCUGCUCGCGCUCUUAAUGUCGCUCACUGUCACAGCGCUCUCGCGAAAGGUGAGUUCCAAGAGCAGCAAUGUCGCUGCAGCAUUAGUCCCGCCGGAGAAGGAGAGGGGCGGCGUCGAGCGAGAGGGCGAUGCGGUGGAUUGCAUCGUGGUUGGAGCGGGGAUCGCUGGGGCCGCCCUCGCGUACGCGCUUGGCAAGGAUUCGCGAAGAGUUUUGUUGAUCGAGAGGGAUUGUUCCGAGCCGGAUAGAAUCGUUGGAGAGCUGCUACAACCCGGUGGCUAUCUCAAGCUCGUGGAGCUUGGAAUGAAAGACUGUGUGGACGAGAUAGAGGCGCAAAGAGUACACGGCUAUGCACUCUUCAAAGAUGGACGAGAUGCCAAAGUCGGGUACCCCUUGAAAGGUCGCUCCGAGGAUGUUGCCGGGAGGAGCUUCCAUCAUGGGCGAUUUGUCCAGAGGCUGCGACAAAAGGCGGAUUCGCUCCACACCGUUAAAUUGGUUGAAGGAACAGUUUUGUCGUUGAUAGAGGGCGAUGGAAUCGUGAAGGGGGUACGAUACAGAGUAAAGAAGGAGGACGGAGUACAAGUGGUCGAAGCCUAUGCGCCUAUUACUUUCGUCUGCGAUGGAUACUCUUCUAACUUGAGGAAAAAUCUUUGCACGCCAAAGGUUGACGUGCCAUCGCAUUUCGUCGGUUUGAUACUUGAGAACUGCCACCUUCCAUACUCGAAUUUUGGUCAUGUCGUUCUGGCGAAUCCCUCGCCGAUUCUGUUCUAUCCAAUCAGCAACACUGAGAUUCGGUGCCUGGUGGACUGCCCCAAGGAAGUCAUGCAAUCAGUUAGAAGUGGAAAGAUGGCUCACCAUCUCAUAAACAACGUUGCUCCUCAGCUCCCUGUCCAGCUCCGAGACUCUUUCAUUGCCGCUGCAAGUGACACAACCAAGAUCCGCAGCAUGGAAAACAAGAUCAUGCCCGCUGUCCCCAUUCCGAAACCGGGCGCAUUACUCUUGGGCGAUGCUUUCAACAUGCGUCAUCCACUAACGGGAGGUGGAAUGACGGUCGCGUUAUCCGACGUUGUGCUUCUCAGAGACAUGUUGCGGCCGGUGGUAAGCUUUAAAGACCAAGCUGCCGUUUGCAGUUACCUCCAAGCCUUUUACACGAGACGAAAGCCUGUUGCAUCGACGAUAAACACUCUAGCCGGUGCUCUUUACAGAGUUUUCUGCGCGUCGCCCGACGUUGCAAUGACCGAGAUGACACAGGCAUGCUUCGACUACUUAAGCCUGGGAGGAGUUUUCUCGAGCGGUCCAGUGGCUCUACUCUCGGGCUUGAAUCCUCGUCCUCUCAGCCUCGUCGCUCACUUCUUCGCAGUGGCCUUCUUUGGAGUGGGCCGCCUUCUACUGCGGUAUCCAUCUCCGAAAAACUUCUGGGUGGCCUUCCGGCUCGUCAAGGGAGCGGCAAGCAUCAUCUUCCCGAUCAUACAAGCCGAGGGCGUCGUCCAAAUGUUCUUCCCGUGGAUCAUGACGCUGUUCUACCGCUCGCCUCUCCAUGUGUAAUAAAACAUUUCUCGCGACGUUGCACGGUAUGUAAGACGUAUGCUCUAUAAGUAUAAAAUCAUCGCAUUUUAUUGAGGACAA